AUGGCCUUGAAAACAUUGCCUAUUAUUAUGUUCACGCUUCUUUGUUUGAUAUGUAAUUGGAAAAGUAGUGAUGGGAAUGAUGAUUCAGUGUUUUUGGCAUGGAAAUGUAAUGAUUCAAAGGGAAACUACACUGAAAAUAGUCCCUACCACAUAAAUCUGUUAAAUGCAUUCUCUAAUCUUACCUCCUUAUCCAUUUCCCAAACCUUCGCCAACUUAAGUACAAGCACAGAUGAGAAUGAUAACACCAACAAAGUGUACGCCUUAUAUGACUGUCGGAAAGACCUCACACUUACAACAUGCCAUCAUUGCGUUGUGGAUGCUACCGAUAAUAUCCUGCACCGUUGCCCCUCGCUAGAGGCCAUUGUCAUGUAUGAGGAAUGCGUGGUAAGAUAUGCAAACCGUCCAAUCGUGUCAAUAAUGGAGCAAAUACCAUAUUUCUCCGAUUGCAAGUUUAGCAUUCCGGAUGGAGGCGAAUUAAGUCGGAUAAUAAAGCCAAUAUUCACAAACUUAAUAGAUGAAGCCAUAUCAAAUAAUUCAAGAUUAAAGUAUUCUGCAGCAAAAAAUGAAGAUUAUUUUGAGUAUCAAAAAGUGUAUUGUUUGUUGCAAUGUACGCCUGAUAUUACACAACAAGAAUGCAAGGAUUGUUUGACGGAAGCAAUGAAUAAAACGAUUGACUGCGCAAAUAGUAGCGGUAUGAUAAGUUAUUACAUUGUGCCCAGCUGCCGGAUGAGAUAUGAUGUUAUACGACAUUUUUUUAAUGUCUCUUCUAGCCUUCCACCUAUGGCUAUGUCUUCUCCGCCUCCUUUUUCUCCUAUUAGUAAUGCUGCCGUUCAGCUUCGGAUGUUUGCAAAGAAUACAGCAAGGUAA